GGAGGGAGCAUCCAUUUAUUUUGUAAGUGAGGUUUGGGGUAUAUACUCUAUCUCCCAUUUUCUUAUUGUUCACCUCACACUCUCAUUCACUCACUCACUCAUUCAUGGCCUGCUCAGCUCCCUCAGUUUCUCUCCUAUCUUCAAACCCUAACUUCCUCUUCUCUCCCAAAUUAUCUUCUCCACCUCUUUCUUCUCUCUCCAUCCCCAAUGCCUCCAAUUCUCUCCCCAAACUAACCACCACUUCCCUCCUCAACCGCCCCUCUCCCUCUCGCCGCAGCUUCGUUGUCAAGGCUUCUAGUGGACUACCAUUAGUCGGAAACACAGCGCCGGAUUUUGAAGCCGAGGCUGUUUUCGAUCAGGAGUUUAUCAAGGUCAAAUUAUCUGAAUAUAUUGGGAAGAAAUAUGUUAUUCUCUUUUUCUAUCCAUUGGACUUCACAUUUGUUUGUCCCACAGAAAUCACUGCUUUCAGUGACCGCCAUGCAGAAUUUGAGGCACUUAAUACAGAGAUUUUGGGUGUUUCAGUUGACAGUGUGUUCUCGCACCUUGCAUGGGUUCAAACAGAUAGAAAGUCAGGUGGUCUUGGUGACUUGAACUAUCCUUUGGUUUCUGAUAUCACCAAAUCCAUAUCAGAAUCUUAUGGUGUCCUCAUUCCUGACCAGGGGAUAGCAUUGAGAGGACUGUUCAUUAUUGACAAGGAAGGGGUUAUCCAACAUUCUACCAUCAACAACCUCGGAAUUGGUAGAAGUGUUGAUGAGACAAAGAGAACACUCCAGGCCUUGCAGUACGUGCAGGAGAACCCAGAUGAAGUUUGCCCUGCUGGGUGGAAGCCUGGUGAGAAGUCCAUGAAACCAGACCCUAAACUCAGCAAAGAGUACUUUGCUGCUGUGUAGGAAGGCUCAUAGUAAUAGUUAAGAGUAUCAACUACGCUCUGUAUCGGUUUGGGAUGUAAAAGGAUUUUGUUUUAUGUAAUUCUAGCCAUUUUAAGUUAUGAGGCGCAAAUGUUGGUUAUAAAAGCAUGUUGGUGUACCUGGAUUUUGGAGUGAACGGUGGAUUAUUUUACCAUUUCUUCUGUUAUUAUCUGUAUAUCAUGAAUGUGUACGAAUAAUACUUCAUCAUAAUGAAACUUUAAGCAGUCGUA